AUGUACCGCAUAAUUUGGUGCACGAUCUGCAACGAAGAAAAUCGUCCAGAACAGCUUCGAGUGGUGUUGGAUAAGCUGUCUCGCGACGACCUGCGCGCUGUGAAGGAGUUGAUUCAAACCUUUGAGAAGGAGCAGGCAAAUGAACCGUUGAAGAAGACAUCAGAGCUAAUGAGUGAUCUUUCGAGCAAUGACGGCGUCGAGGCCUUUGAGCAAACGGAGGAGUAUAUUGAAACGUUGUACCCAGCGAAUCUGCACAUUUUGAAAAAUUACGUCGCUGCGUGGAACGCAGCUCAUAAGAAAGAUUUCUCACUCCUGGAUUUUCUAGUCCUACUCUAUGGUGGUGUAGCUAAACUCGCACCUGCUUUGUCGAUCGCAAAGAAUGGUCAUUUUAGCGGAGAUGAUGCAGAGCUGUUGCAGACGGAAAUGUUGACGAAGUGGCUGGCCCACGAUACACCCGUCGAUGAAGUUUUUUACUUGCUGGAGCUCAACACACUAGGAGCGAAUGAUUUGACUUACGAAUAUCUGGACACAUUGGACAGAUACAUCGCACUGUACAAAGCCAAGCACCCUGGCGCCGACGAAGAUUCGGCAAAGUGUCUACGGAAGCAUUAUGACGACGGCAAGGUAGUACGGAUGAUUGCGGAUGCGAAGAAAAAGUCAUCAUACCCGAACAUGGUCUUGAGAGAUCUUGUGAAGCGUUGGAAGUUUGAAAAUAGUGCCAUUUCGAUCGUGGACGUUGCUGACAAAUUCCGUGAAGCAAUGAUCUAUGAAACGUCGGUGCUGAAUCUGCUGCUGGCGUUCUAUGGUCACGUGUCCGACCUCGCGCGCGCUUUAUCUUUAGCUAAGAAAGACACGGCAAGCAGAGCGAAAGCUGAGCAUCUACAGCUCCCGAUGUUGACGAACUGGCUGCAGCACAAAGUACCCGUCGAGGAUGUCCAUAAGCUUCUGAAGCCCCCUGAUACUAGGACGGCCGGUCUCAAGUUCGAGAACAUGGAAACGUUGGUUCAAUACAUGACACUGUACAACAAGUUGUAUCCUAAAGCUCACAUGGAUAUCCAAACGUAUUUAUGGAACCAUUUUGCAGAUGGCGAGAUAGUACGGAUGAUCGCGGAUGCAAUGGAGAUGUCGCCCUACAUCGAACAUAUUUUGAGAGAUCUUGUGAAGCAGUGGAAGUUUGAAAAUAGUGCCAUUUCGAUCGUGGACGUUGCUGACAAAUUCCGUGAAGCAGUGAGCGAUGAAAAGACGGUGCUGAAUCUGCUGCUGGCGUUCUAUGGUCACGAGUCCGACCUCGCGCGCGCCAUAUCUUUAGCUAAGAAAGACACGGCGAGCAGAGUGAAAGCUGAGCAUCUACAGCUGACGAUGUUGACGAGCUGGCUAGAAAAAUCGGAACCGGUCAAAUUUGUCCAUAUGCUUCUGAAGCCCCCUGAUACUAGGACGGUCGAUCUCAAGUUCGAGAACAUGGAAACGUUGGUUCAAUACAUGACACUGUACAACAAGUUGUAUCCUAAAGCUCACAUGGAUAUUUUUAUAUAUAUACGGCAUUACUUUGGAGACGUUGAGAUAGUACGGAUGAUCGCGGAUGCAAUGGAGAUGUCGCCCUACAUCGAACAUAUUUUGAGAGAUCUUGUGAAGCGUUGGAAGUUUGAAAAUAGUGCCAUUUCGAUCGUGGACGUUGCUGACAAAUUCCGUGAAGCAGUGAGCGAUGAAAAGACGGUGCUGAAUCUGCUGCUGGCGUUCUAUGGUCACGAGUCCGACCUCGCGCGCGCCAUAUCUUUAGCUAAGAAAGACACGGCGAGCAGAGUGAAAGCUGAGCAUCUACAGCUGACGAUGACGGCCGGUCUCAAGUUCGAGAACAUGGAAACGUUGGUUCAAUACAUGACACUGUACAACAAGUUGUAUCCUAAAGCUCACAUGGAUAUCCAAACGUAUUUAUGGAACCAUUUUGCAGAUGGCGAGAUAGUACGGAUGAUCGCGGAUGCAAUGGAGAUGUCGCCCUACAUCGAGCAUAUUUUGAGAGAUCUUGUGAAGCAGUGGAAGUUUGAAAACAGUGCCAUUUCGAUCGUGGACGUUGCUGACAAAUUCCGUGAAGCAGUGAGCGAUGAAAAGACGGUGCUGAAUCUGCUGCUGGCGUUCUAUGGUCACGAGUCCGACCUCGCGCGCGCCAUAUCUUUAGCUAAGAAAGACACGGCGAGCAGAGUGAAAGCUGAGCAUCUACAGCUGACGAUGUUGACGAACUGGCUGCAAAAAUGGAACCCGUCGAAUUUAUGGCGAGAUAGUACGGAUGAUCGCGGAUGCAAUGGAGAUGUCCCCUACAUCGAACAUAUUUUGAGAGAUCUUGUGAAGCAGUGGAAGUUUGAAAACAGUGCCAUUUCGAUCGUGGACAUUGCUGACAAAUUCCGUGAAGCAGUGAGCGAUGAAAAGACGGUGCUGAAUCUGCUGCUGGCGUUCUAUGGUCACAAGUCCGACCUCGCGCGCGCCAUAUCUUUAGCUAAGAAAGACACGGCGAGCAGAGUGAAAGCUGAGCAUCUACAGCUGACGAUGUUGACGAACUGGCUGCAAAAAUUGGAACCCGUCCAAUUUGUCCAUCAGAUUCUGAAGCCCUCAGAUCUUAGGAAGGUCGAUCUCAAGUUCGAGAACAUGGAAACGUUGGUUCAAUACAUGACACUGUACAACAAGUUGUAUCCUAAAGCUCACAUGGAUAUUUUUAUAUAUAUACGGCAUUACUUUGGAGACGUUGAGAUAGUACGGAUGAUCGCGGAUGCAAUGGAGAUGUCGCCCUACAUCGAGCAUAUUUUGAGAGAUCUUGUGAAGCGUUGGAAGUUUGAAAAUAGUGCCAUUUCGAUCGUGGACGUUGCUGACAAAUUCCGUGAAGCAGUGAGCGAUGAAAAGACGGUGCUGUAUCUGCUGCUGGCGUUCUAUGGUCACGAGUCCGACCUCGCGCGCGCGCCAUAUCUUUAG